UGUAAAAAAAAUUUAAGCAGCACUCUGAAGACAGUAUCUGUCAAAUAGAUACAUAGAUAGAUCAGAUAGAAUCUGGUUAAGAAGAGGUUGUUGAAUCAGAUAGAUAUGAUUAGAGGAAUACUAUUAAACAACUCAGUGCGGAGAUCAUUAAGAAAUCUUCUGAGUUCAGCAGUACUAUUUAAUCUGGUGGUACCGUUGGAUUUAACUCCAGAUGCUGCCAAAUCAAAUCCAAAUUCAAUACAUCCAAUACAUAGAAAACACCCCGAUGAUAGAGAAACUAUAUUACAACAAUAUUUAUCAAGUGGCAAAUUCACUUUUGCAAAAGAUAAAGAAGUUGCAUCAUUACAAGAAUUAAAACGAUGUAUGGAAAUAGUGUAUUUAAAUAAGAAACCCUUGAUAGCCAUUGAUUUUGAGGCUUAUGAAAGAAGUUUGAAGAAAGUAACAGAGAUAGGGAUCGUGAUAUAUGAUCCAGACUUACUGAAAGGAUCAAUAUUUCCUAUUAUCAAGACUUUUCAUAUCAUAAUUGCAGAACAUAUUGAAUUGGUUAAUGGUAGAUACGUGCCUGAUAGUAAAGAUAAAUAUAUAGGAGGACUUUCCAACGUGUUACUGUUAUCUGAUAGUAAGAUAUUUAUGGAACAAAUCAUUGAAAAAUAUAUCAAUCAAAGAGAAGGUGCAUUUGUGGGUCAUAAUAUAGGAGGUGAUAUUAGAUGGUUGCAAGGAAUGGGAAUCCAAAUCAGAGAAGAUAUCGAAAUAGUGGAUACAUUUAAAUUAUAUCAAAUAUCAAGAUCGAUAGGAGGCACAUUAAAGGGUAUCUUGAAGCUUAUUGAUCUUCCUCAUGGAGUGUUACAUAAUGCUGCUAAUGAUGCUUAUUAUACCUUAUUGGCAGCCAUAGCAUAUUGUGACCCUAACAUGAGGAAUCAUAAGGAUUUAGAUACUUAUAAGACGGUAGCAAAGAAGCUGACCAGUGAAAAGAGACGAGAACUGUUUGCUACAUCGGCUAUCUAUGAUGAUGUUACCAAGGUUGAUGAAUUGCUUACUGGUAUUUAGGGUUAACUGUUCGUUAAUGAUUGGUUUCUAUGGUUAUAAAAUUGGCAGGUGUGAGCGCGGCAACAUUAGAAAAAAGCAGUAACAGACGACGAACGACAGGCGACGGCUCAACUCACAAAAUUAGAGAUAACAUUUUUUUAUAUGCUCGUUGUGGGUAAUUUAAGCUAAUUUUGAUAAUGGAUAAAGGUAAAUAAUAAAAUAAUAAAAAUUCAUCGGGCCUUGGUCCCCUUUCCUAAUUUAACCUUCAUUGGAUUU